AUGCCCGGGGUUCAGCCUCAAACGCUGCCGACACAGUUUCCGUGCUGGGUCAGAGCUGUCUAUUCAUGGGGUGGAGAGACAAAACGGGAUCUAGGUUUCGUCGAGGGCGAUCUCAUCGAAUGCCUCAAUGCUGGUGACGGUGCAUGGUGGAUGGGAAGACUGAAGAGGGACCGCCGCCAAAUUGGUCUCUUCCCGAGUAAUUUCGUUGAGCUUGUCACAGAUAAUCGUCCUGUUACACCUGUCGCAUCGCCUGUCAAGCAGCAGCCGCAAUAUGAUUAUUCAAACCAGAGACCAAGUUCACAGGCUUCCUAUCAUAGCAAUGCCGAUGCGUAUGGGAAUAGAGGUGCUUCUCCCAACCCAUAUCAGCAGCAGCAGCAACAGAGGGGAGCUUCUCCAAAUCCCUAUCAACAGCAAAGAGGAGCUUCUCCAAAUCCCUAUCAACAACAAAUAGGAGCCUCUCCCAAUCCAUAUCAACAGAAUCGAGGCGCAUCUCCCAACCCAUAUCAACAGAAUCGAGGCGCAUCUCCGAAUCCGUAUCAGCAAAAUCGAGGUGCAUCUCCGAAUCCUUACCAACAAAAUCGAGGUGCAUCUCCGAAUCCCUACCAGCAACAUCAGAAUAGAGCAGCCUCACCGAACCCAUAUGCCCAGAAUCGUGCCGCUUCCCCGAAUCCGUAUGCUCGAAACCAGGUAGUCUCUCCGAACCCGUAUGCGCAGAAUCGUGGGGUGUCUCCAAAUCCAUACCAACAACAUGGAGCGGUGUCACCAAGGAGUCAUAAUAAUCAAUUCAGGGCCGUCUCUCCUAGGCCGCUAUCCGGUAGCCGUGCACUUUCUCCAAACCCAUACCAACAAAACCACGGAUAUCAACAAGCCGCCCGUCCCGCAACUCCGAAUACUCAAAUGAACCAACAUAGACCCGUGUCUCCCAAUCCUCCCAUAUCCCGAUCUGGGACUCCGAAUCCUUACCAAAACCCCACGGGUCAAGGCCCGUCCCCUUCUCCGUUCCAUAUGCCACAGAGAGCAAAGUCUCCGGCCCAAUUUGGGGCCGUGUCACCGUCACCAGGAAGGCCUGUCACACCUUCUGGUUACAACCAAGAGACCCCCCCACCACCUCCACCUGCUCACUCUAGCACUUAUUACCAGAGGGCUGCCUCACCAGCCCCCUCUUUCCAGCAGAUGAAUGGAGCUAGAUCUCCGAUUCCGUCUAGAGGUCCAACCCCUCAACCUUCGCCUAAUAGGCUGGCACACACACCGAGUCCGCUGCGAAGCGCCAUGGACGAUGUUAUGUCGAGCUUAGAGGAAAUGAGUGUAGUUGACAGUGGGAAGAAGUCCCCAAUCCCGUUUAGCCCGGAUGACUAUGACAAUCUAAGCGGAUCUUCAGCCACUGCAAUCAGAUCUCAUACUUCGCAGGGAUUCCGGGGUGAUACACGUAGAGGAUUUGGAAGCUUUGAUGGCAUCGAAAUCAGCGCCAACCCGCAGCGUAAUCACGGCAUAUCAAACUUUGUAGAGCGAAUGGAGGCCAGCCUUAUAGAUCAAGGUUCUUCAUCGUACUACAGCUCAACUGAUGAGACUUUCGAUCAGAUUAGGCAGCUCAAACAACAGCAAAAUAUGGGACGGCCCAACUCUGUGAUGAUGACUGCACGACCCGGGUCAUCACAAAAAUCAGACGUGAACAUGAACGCAAAUCCAAAGCGAAGAUCCGUCUGGGAUUUUGAUAGGCAACCGAAUCUGUCUCGACAAAGUACCCUGCAGUCAAAUAGCUCGUCCGCGGUGUUCUCCACGACAAGUAACUCUACGGCCGCUACUAGCGCUAGCAUCAUGAGUGGGAUGAGCGCUGGAGGAUUUAGUGCGACAAGUGCAGGAAGCUUUAUCAGACAUAAACAGCGUGCAGCGAUGGGGAUACCAGAAAAUGGACCACAUCCGCUUUCCCAUCAGCUUGCACCGCAACAACCAGGUCCAUUUUCAGCAUUAUCGCCGAUGGAGUCGCAAAUGGUAACGAAUAGCGGUAUAGUUUUUCAUUCCGCGAAUGUGAACCCUCAAUCCGUACCAAGGGCGCAGACAUGGGGGAAUAAUAUAAACUCUGGAAAUGGGGGGCUUGGUGGGCUAUCCACACUAAAUGCAAACCCGAUGAAAAAGAAAGGGGGAUUCUUCAAGAAGAUUCUAGCAACAGCCAAGGCGUCGACUGCUACUGCUAGAUCGAUGGCAGCUUCACCAACGCCUGAGUCUGACUCUGGAUACGGAACUCUCGGGAUGACUGGUAUCGCCGGUGGAAAUAUCUCUAUAGCAUCUCAAUCACAGGAUUGGGUUCAGGUGCGUAGGGACGUAGCCCGUUCGAACACCAUAUCUCACAAUGAGAGAUUAGAGAGACAAGAAAAACAAGAGAUGAUGGAUCAGUUUACCCUGAGGCCAAUUGAGUUUAUGGAAGAGGAGUGUGAAGGAGAUGAAGCGUUGGACGGUGGCAUUGUGGAACUUCCUGCUGAUUUUACAGGUGUCAAUAUGACACAAGUUGAUAAAGCGGCACGUUUCAUCGGAUCUCUCCCGUCGGGCACCACACCCGCGAUAUUAGCCAACUCUCAUAUAUGUAGACCCCAUAGGUCAGAUGUACAAAGGUUGAGAGCAAUGUUUACGUGGGUCGCAGAGAAAUUGGCUUGGGAACGCCCAACGGGCCUAGGGCAUGACUCUCCGGGUAAUAUUGACUACAACAAGGAUUGCCGGCGUGUGAUCCAAAGCCUCAAGGCGACAACAGAAGAAGUGACUAUCAUGUUCAUGCAGAUGUGUCACUCAGUUGGAAUUGGCUGUGAAAUCAUCAGAGGAUACCUCAAGGUUCCAGGUGAAACGGCAGAAACUGUUGAUGCUGUUCCACGUGCGAACCACUUUUGGAAUGCAAUCGUUAUUGACAACGAGUGGAGGAUAAUUGAUGCUUCUCUCGCUAGCCCGACGCAUCCAAAGAGAGGACUGUAUAGCUCUGCACCAAACAACAUGGCCGAUUCUCACUACUUUUUGAUGAGGCCGCUACACGCGUGUUUCACGCAUAUUCCGCUGACGCCACAACAUCAGCACUUAGUCCCACCAAUGCCGCAUUCUGUCCUAAUGGCCUUACCCUGUGCGAGCGCUGGGUUUUUCAGAAACGGAAUACAACUGAUCAAUUUCGAUACUUCACUUCUUCGGGUAGAAGAUCUUGAAAUUGUCCAGAUAGACUUUCAGGUUCCUAUAGACGUGGAGUGUAUAGCAGAAGUGGAGGCGAAGGGAUUCGCCAUCGAUGCAGAUGGCGAUGUCUUUGAAAGCGGAGAUAUUGUAAAAAAGGGGGCUUUGGCACAGGUUGCCUGGGAGGGCCCAUUAGGCAAUAUUCAGAAGACGUAUCGAGUAAAAGCGGUUCUACCUGGAGAUGAAGGGCAUGGGAUCCUCAAGGUCUACGCAGGACCCAGGGGCCUGAUGCAUUCGAUAAAGGACAAUCCUCACCCAAUGGCUUUCUCUUUACCGAUUUUCCAUACGGGAUCUAAUCCAACGUACAACUUCGUGACCCGUCAUCCGACUCCUCAUGCCCAAAGGCACGAUUUGUAUAUCGUUCAACCGCAGAACCUGCGGUUGGCGUUCGAGAAUACUUAUGUAUUCGCCAUCCGACAGCACUCAUCCACAGUGCUGACGCAUUCAGAAAUGACGACUUUUAAGGGGGCUAAACUGGCGAUUCAAACGCCUACCGGAAAGAUAAUGAAGAUCGGGCGGAGAGCCGAUAGUUUGGGCAGCGAGCACGGUCAGAUCUUUGAACAGUCGAUCAAGGUUUCGGAGCGCGGACCUUGGAGGGGAUUGAUUCUAGCUGAUAGAAGCGCUAGGUGGUGUGUUUUUGCAGAGUGGCAUUGUGUGUGA